AUGGGUUCGAAAGUUGUUAUAUGCGGGGCUGGAUUUCUAGAGUGUAUACAAGGUUCGAACAUCGCGAAGGCAUUGGCCACAAGCAACGUCCCCCAUCAGGUUCAAAUAUCGUCUCGGAGCCCUCAGCGCACAUUCGACGGCCUACGUCGCGUCAUCACUGCAGAGCAACUUCUGCCUCCAGCUGCAGCUGACGUGACAAAACCAGAUUCUUUGCUGAAAGCUUUCCGAGGCGCCGACUUGGUCGUAUCACUCGUGGGGGUCAUGCACGGCUCCCCUGAAGAUUUCGAACGGAUACAGUGGAAAGGUGCAGAGAACGUCGCUAGAGCAGCCAAGGACGUCGGCGCCAAACUGGUUCACUUCAGUGCUAUCGGGGCAGACGCCAAUAGCGAGAUACCUUAUGCCAGGACGAAAGCGUUCGGCGAGGCUGCUGUCUUCCAGGUUCAUCCGCAGGCAACCGUCAUUCGACCCAGCAUUGUGUUUGGGCCUGGCGAUGGAUUUUUUCCGCGCUUCGCACAGCUGUCGCAGGUCUUGCCAUUCCUUCCCGUCUUCGGUGGUGGUACAGCUCUCUUUCAACCUGUUUUUGUCGGGGACAUCGCAAGAGUGGUCGAGAUUAUUGCCAGAAAUGAUAAGGAUGUAGACAACUUGGUACAGGGUAAGAUAAUCGAGGCGGGUGGUCCGGAAGUGUUCACUUACCGAGAACUCAUGGGUGCCGUAUUAACUUAUGCGGGCCGCUACCGUCCGGUCAUAUCCCUCCCCUUCGCCCUCGGCACAAUGCAAGGAUAUGUCAUGGAAAAGCUGCCUAUGAACCUAUUUACCGUCACAAGGGCGCAGGUGGAGCAACUCAAGUCAGACAACGUUGUAAAUUCAUCACCCUCCGCCAAGCAUGUAUCUUUCAAAGAUCUGGUGGAAGCACAUUCACCUACAUCUCUGAGGUCUAUUCACGAGAUUCUGCCUACCUAUCUGAAAGAAUGCUCUUCAGUUUUCUGA